ACCCUGCCUGUGGCCUUCAAGGUGGUAGCCCUCGGAGAGGUACCAGAUGGGACUGUGGUUACUGUCAUGGCAGGGAACGAUGAGAAUUAUUCAGCUGAGCUCCGGAAUGCCUCUGCUGUUAUGAAGAACCAAGUAGCAAGGUUCAAUGAUCUGAGGUUCGUGGGCCGGAGUGGACGAGGCAAGAGUUUCACCUUGACCAUAACAGUCUUUACAAAUCCUCCCCAAGUGGCCACUUAUCACAGAGCUAUUAAAGUGACAGUGGACGGCCCCCGGGAACCAAGAAGGCACAGACAGAAGCUUGAUGACUCUAAACCUAGUUUGUUCUCUGACCGCCUCAGUGAUUUAGGGCGCAUCCCUCAUCCCAGUAUGAGAGUAGGUGUCCCGCCUCAGAACCCACGGCCCUCCCUGAACUCUGCACCAAGUCCUUUUAAUCCACAAGGACAGAGUCAGAUUACAGAUCCCAGGCAGGCACAAUCUUCCCCACCGUGGUCCUACGACCAGUCUUACCCCUCAUACCUGAGCCAGAUGACAUCCCCAUCCAUCCACUCUACCACGCCGCUGUCUUCCACACGGGGCACUGGGCUACCCGCCAUCACCGACGUGCCCAGGCGCAUUUCAGAUGAUGACACUGCCACCUCUGACUUCUGCCUCUGGCCUUCCUCUCUCAGCAAGAAGAGCCAGGCAGGUGCUUCAGAACUGGGCCCUUUUUCAGACCCCAGGCAGUUCCCAAGUAUUUCAUCCCUCACUGAGAGCCGCUUCUCCAACCCACGAAUGCACUACCCAGCCACCUUUACUUACACCCCGCCAGUCACGUCAGGCAUGUCCCUCGGCAUGUCCGCCACCACUCACUACCACACCUACCUGCCACCACCCUACCCCGGCUCUUCCCAAAGCCAGAGUGGACCCUUCCAGACCAGCAGCACUCCAUAUCUCUACUAUGGUACUUCGUCAGCAUCCUAUCAGUUCCCCAUGGUGCCGGGAGGGGACCGGUCUCCUUCCAGAAUGCUCCCAGCAUGCACCACCACCUCGAAUGGCAGCACGCUAUUAAAUCCAAAUUUGCCUAACCAGAAUGAUGGUGUUGACGCUGAUGGAAGCCACAGCAGUUCCCCAACUGUUUUGAAUUCUAGUGGCAGAAUGGAUGAAUCUGUUUGGCGACCAUAUUGAAAUUCCUCAGCUGUGGCCCAGUGGCAUUCAGGGGCCACAUCCCACACGUGUUGAUAUAUACAUAUAUAAAGAGAGUGCAUAUAUAUGUAUAUUGGUUAGCUAUCUAGAAGAUUUCUCACUCACUCCCUAGUCAUGGUCUCGCAGCCCUAAGAGGGUAGAGACAGUCGUAACUGGGUCUCAUAUUGUUUACUAUAAGAUGUCCCUUUUACCAAGGAACAAACGGUCGAAGGUAUUGUCAUCUGGUCUGUUUUCAUAAGUAACCUGUUCCUAUGCCAAUUCAGAGAAGUGGACUCCGGGUUCGGGAGGAAGAAGAGAGCCAAGCCACUUCCUCCCUGUACUUUGAAGCCACGCGCUUGGGCUGCGUGGGGCCGGUGCACUCUGCAGACCAGCUUACAAAGCCAGUUGUAUGCACUCUGAAAGGGACCAGAGGGAGCAUGGAUGCGGCGUCCAGUGCUGCCCGUUCUGAAUACCUGUCCAAAGUUUGCCUUCAGACUUGCUGCAGGUACUCAUUUGAACUUUUGAGUUCACUUAUUUUUUUUUUCCUAUUCUAAGAAAGUGACUUCAGAAAUACUGAUCAGGAUAGAUUAUUUUAUUUUACUUUUUUAUACUCCCUCAUUUUCCCCAUUUAACCAAAAACAAAUCCUCCCAACCCACCCCUUCCACCUCCUCCUCCCUUUAUGCAAAACUGAAAAUGGCAAUACCUUAUUAUAGCCAUAAUGAUAUAGUGUUUGAGUUGGCUGUGUGUUAUUUGUUUUUCUUUUCUUUUUAAAUUAUGAAUAUGUGUAAAAUCUGAGGUAACUUGCUAACGUGAAUGGUCAUAUAACUUUAAAGAUAUAUUUAUAAUUAUUUAAUGUCAUUUGGACCUUUGGAACAUUUCUUAGUGUAAUGAUAUGUUGACUUCGGUCUCUAAAAGUGCUUUUUCUUAAGUAACAAAUUUCUUCAGUGGGCUAGAGCCAUAUCUGAAAAUAUUGCUAAGCAAUUUCAAUUCCUUCAGGCACAAUGUGAUUUUUUUUAAAAAUAACUUCCAUCUCCAAAUAUUUUAGAUAUAGUUUGUUUUUGUGAUGUAUGAAGGAAAUGCUAUGUUUCAUUCUUUCAGGUCUUUGAUUGCCUCUGACACAGCUUUUUGCCUUUUUAAAGCAAUAAUUAGGGAUUUAAAAAAACAAAAACAUAAACAAAAACACCCAUAGCCCUGUAGCCCUUUAACACUUAAUGUGGCCCCUUUACCAGCAUGAAAUGCUGGGGACAUGUGGUUUCCUACUUUCUUUCUUUUUGUGGGGGGGGAAUGGUGGUGGCAUGGUCAUUAUGACUCUUGUCAUAUUAAAAGGCCAAGCACGAGUGAGUAACUGCAGAAGAGUGUUCUGUGGUCUCAGAGUUAAGCAAAACUGUAAAUCACAGGCUUCGUGGCUGAGGACCUAGUCAGUUGAAAGCCACACAUGUGGUAAAGGCUUGAUCACAAUAUACAUAGUGUAGGAUAGUGUGGACACACCAGGACACUGCACCUACUAGCCUUCCCACACAGUCAUUCAGGGGAACCCCAAAGUGCCUUACCCAAGGAGGGACUCCAGCAGCUUCCCAAGGAGCAGAAUGAAGUCACUGUCCCAGGGGAGCUGGUCAGCUGAAGUAGCAAUCAGCAGCUGAUGUCUGUAAACAGCCUGUGAGGACCUCUGUGAAUCUUUUGAUAUUAGCACCUCUCACUAGGGAAGGCCAUGUGCCAUUGCUGUCUGCCACUUUGUGUGAAUUUGAGGUCCAGCCCUCUUGGAAGAUGCACUUUGAUCAUUCUGGGAACCUUGUGGCCAUCCCUGAGUGUGACUCCUUAAUCCAAUCCAGGCAUCUUUCAGUGACACGACCAGGCCCAUCCCAGCACUUUUCCGGCACAGCUGGUGGUGGGUGGACUAGGGUGGGGGCCACCUUCAUUUGAAUCCUGAGUCAUCCUAAGGAGAGUUCUUCAGACAUUUGCCUAUAGCCCCUAGACUCCCCUGUAGCUCUCUGUUUCUUCUCAGGUUGACCUUUGUCCCAGUGUGGGAUGGUCUGUGGGCAGGUGGACCUGUGUGUGUCUCCAGUUUGGGUUUUCCUUAGAAGUCACCCUAACUCCUUCUGAUACAAAUCGAGGGGGCAAGAAAGCCCCCACCAAACCAAAACACUUUGCCUUCUAAAGGUUAUAUACCAAGUGUGUUCAGAUAGAUAAGCCACUUUGUAUUUUUUUAAGAUGGAAGCCUUAUCUGAUGCUAUUUAUUGUUGCGUGUGGUAGCUUGAAGCACACCACUGUCCAUGUGUUUGUUUGAUAACUAUUUUGGCAGCACUUACAAACGCAGUGUCUGGUCACACUUUCCAGUUUUCAUUAAUUGUGUCAAUUAAUGUUACCAUGGGUGCCAACUGCAUCCUAUUUAAGUUCUUCAAAAGGGUACUCUAUUUGUACAUCAUUUUUUAACAUUAAAGGGCUUCUUAAAAGUUUACAAUACAUGUAUUAAGGGACUAGAGGGGAUGUGUUAGUGCCCAGAUGUUAUUAUAGUGGCUGCAGGCAGCAACCCUGAAACACUUCCCUCUGUCCUCCCUUUGAGAAAAGUUUUAAGUAUUUCUCUCCACCUUUUGGCCAUCUAACUGGUUGAUUCCCAUUACUUAGACCACAUUCUUUCUCCUGGCUUUUUGGACUAGGAUUUAAAAUCCCCUUCCUCUUCCCUUGUCUCUUAAAUGUCCCAUUUGCACUGGGUCACAUGUAUGAUUUGUGGUUACUUCUGGAACCAUCUACGUGUACCAACCAACCCUCCACAUUUCUCAAAGGAGCACAGACAUCCCUGGGAUUUACAGUAUGACCGACACAGGCAGUUCUAGAAACAUACUCGUCAGUUGUCCCCAAAAUUGUAACCUAGGCCAGAGUUCAGAACAGGUAGCAAGGUUUUAGUUUUAGGAUAGGGAAUGAUGUUCAGUCAGAAGCAGACACACAUCACAGGUUAGCUACUGUUGGCUCUCAAAACUGUGUCUUCCUUUACCCAGAGAUCCUUUGGAAAUGAACAGAGAAACAUCUCCACACCAUUAGAGACUGACUGCUGUAGGUUCAGAAGGGAGGAGCCAUGUUGGGGGUUCUUUUGUCUCCAAGGAAGGGCACUGACAGACCUAGAGACAGUGAGCCUUAGCAGAAGUAAUUAUAGCCACAGUACUGGAAAGAAUAAUAAAUAAAAGAUAAUUCUCCAAACUUUCAAUUUGUUGUUCUUAAAAAAAAGAUAAUGCAUCUAAAACAAAGAUUUUUUUCUAUGUGAGAACUUUAGUUGUCUGUUAACUUCAUGUUUACAAAUAAUUGUUUGCUUUGUAAUGCAAUACUUAAAAUAUACCAGCCAAAACUAUAACUUACAGUAAUUUCUUAGGUGUUCUGAAUAAAAUUCCAUGUCUUUCGAUACCAUUCUUAGAUUUCUGUGGAACAACAACAACAACAACAACAACAAAAUUGUAGCAUUUUGUGUAAAUACAGCUUUUGUUUUUAUUUCUUAUUUUUCUGAUUGCUAUUGCCUAAGGUUUGCUUUCCAUGCAGGUAUUGUACAAAUUCUGCUUUGUACCACAGGUCAUGAUUGUGGAUGAGUUUACUCAGAACUUCAAAGGGACUAUUUGUAUUGUAUUUUGCAACUGUAAAUUGAAUUAUUUGGCAUUUUUUCCUUCAUGAUUGUAAUAUUAAUUUGAAGUUUGAAUUUAAUUUUCAAUAAAAGGCUUUUUUUGUUUUUU